AACUAAUUAUAACUACAGUAACUGUAACUGUAUUAACUAAUUGUAACUACGGUAGCUACAUUAACUGUAACUAACUAAAAUAACUGCAUUAACUGUAACUACAGUAACUACAGUAACUGUAACUGUAACUACAGUAACUGUAUUAACUAAUUGUAACUACAGUAACUACAUUAACUGUAACUUUAACUAAAAUAACCAUAUUGACUGUAACUGCAGUAACUGUAUUAACUGUAACUAUAACUACAGUAACUACAUUAACUGUAACUAAGUAAAAUAACAUUAUUGACUAUAACUACAGUAACUGUAGUAACUGCAACUGUUUUCAGUAUCUGACAGACAACAGAAUAUCAAAACAUAAAUAAGACUUAAAUGUGUUAAAUUAAACAUGAAUUAAACAUAAAUUCAUAUAAAUUAAAUCUGAUUUGAUAUUAAUUGAAUGUGUCAAAUUAAAUAAUAAAACCAGUUGAGUGCAGCAGCAGCAGCAGGAUCCAGCCAAACAUCCACCCAUCCAUCCAUCAAAGAUUUAUCUCAGAUUGUAAGAUGAGUUUUUGUGACCUGCUGAAGAAUAAUUAGUUUCUUUGUAAAGGUCACACAGAUAAUUCCUUAAACUCAUUUUGUGCAGUGCUUGUGUUUUUUUCCAAGUGUGGUUAAUUUUUAACUUUUAAACAACAUUCAAAUGAAGUCCAGUGAAGGUAACAAGGAAAAACACAGGAUGUAAAGGGCUGUUUGACCAUAUAUGGACUUCCGAACACACUUGUUUCAUCCACAACCACUUAAGAGAGACGUUGACGAAGCUGUUGUUCUUCUCGGUGUGACGAUCAAUGCACUUCAGGAUUCACAGGUUUUUCAGUUCAUUUUCGGGGGAUGAACUCCUGAGGAGCGGAUGAAGAAACUAAUUUUGUUUUUAUUUACAUUCAGAGGACUCGUGAGCAAAAAGAAUAAAAAGAGAAAAUGGCCAGUUUUAUAUUACGGAAAGCUGAACCCAACGAUGUGUCCGAUAUCCUGCGCCUCAUAAAGGAACUUGCUAAAUUUGAACAGAUGGAAGAGAAGGUGGUGCUGAGCGAGAAAGAUCUACUUGAAGACGGUUUCGGGGAUCAUCCCUUCUACCACUGCCUGGUUGCUGAAGUCCCAAAAGAACAAAGUUCAGAGGGACACACUGUGAUUGCUUUUGCCAUGUACUACUUCACAUAUGACCCUUGGAUUGGAAAGCUUCUGUACUUGGAGGACUUCUACGUCAUGCAGGACUUUCGUGGUCUUGGCAUUGGUUCACAGAUCCUGAAGGUUCUCAGUGAGACAGCUGUGAAGACAUGCUGCAGUGGGAUGCACUUCUUAGUGGCAGAAAACAACACGAAGUCUAUCGAGUUUUACAAGCGAAGAGGAGCAGCUGAUCUGUCCUCUGAGGAAGGCUGGCGUCUGUUUGAGAUUGAAAAGGAGGAGUUGCUCAAAAUGACUUAACCGUGAACUCACGUCUGUUUUAUUACUUGACUUGAUGCAGUUAUCUUGUUUUGUUUGAUCAGAGAUUUGUUUUAUUCCUGUAAAUACAUUAAAAAUCAACAGUUAUCUUUGAUAAUGAAUGAUAGCCGUAACGAUGCUUGACAAUAAGUGCACAUGGUGUCCACAAAGAGAUCUUUACUGUCAGUAGAUACAAACAUUUUGAAUUGAAGAGUUUGCAUGAAUCCUCAGCUUCAGAUCCUUUAAUUAAAGACCUGUAAACA